AUGAAAACUAUUUGUAUCAUAGUAGAUAUCAAUUUGAAAAAUCAGGAUAUUAUUAAUUAUUCUGGAAGAUCUAUAUCAAUUAUUUUCUUAUUUCAAAAAGAUGUUUCAACAGUUACUACAAUGUCAUUAAUUGGAUAUAAAAAAGAAGCACUAUCAUUAUUAAUAAAUAAUGUUGGAAUUUUACCUUUAAAAGAUUCAGAAACUUCAAAUAAUUCAUCAAAUAGUUCUGAAGAUUUAAAUGAUACAAGAGUAUAA